AUGGCUGCCGACGAAGGAGUCCUCGCCCACAAGGUCUCGGCCGACCUCAAAGACAUGGAAUAUGGUCCCCAGGUGACUGAGACCGAGAACCAGCGAGUCACCUUGACGGAAGAAGAUAACCGCCGCAUCCUCCGCAAAACCGACCUCACAAUCCUGCCCAUUCUCGCCUGGGUCUACUUCCUCCAAAUCCUCGACAAGACUGUGCUCGGCUACAGCGCCAUCUUCGGUCUCCGCGAAGACGUCCAUCUCAAAGGCAACCAAUACUCCCUCAUCGGCUCCAUCGCGCCCAUCGCCCAGCUAGCAUGGCAACCCUUUUCUUCCAUCUUGAUCAUCAAAGUUCCUCACAGGAUCUUGAUGCCUACUUUGGUACUAGGCUGGGGAAUUGCUCAGAGUCUGACGCCCCUCUGCAAGACCUUCCCCGCUUUACUCGCCAACCGCUUCUUCCUCGGCCUUUUCGAAGCCGGUUGUCUUCCCCUAUUCUCAGUGAUAACAGCCCACUGGUACCGCCGCAGCGAGCAACCCGUCCGCGUAGCAGGCUGGUACGGCACCAACGGCCUCGCGACAAUUUUCGCCGCCGCGUUGUCAUUUGGUCUAGCGAAGAUUACCAGCCCCGUUCUCGCCUCAUGGCAAAUCAUCUUCCUCUUCACGGGUCUCAUGACCAUCGUCACCGUGCCCUUCAUCUACUGGAAGCUAGACAAUAACGUGCACUCAGCCCGCUUUUUGUCGGCAGAAGAAAAGACCAUGGCUAUCGAACGCCUGAGAGCAAACAAUAACGGCACCAGCGACGGCGAGGCGCACAAGUUCAAGUGGGCGCAGGUCGGCGAGGUGUUUAUGGAUGUCAAGACUUAUUUGUUUAUCGCCAUGUCUUUGGCCAACAACUUGGGUGCGCAGGUGGUUAAUACCUUUGGACCGCUGAUUUUGAGCGGGUUGGGGUUUGAUAACCAUAAGACCACGCUGCUUAAUAUCCCUUUUGGGGCGGUGCAGUAUGUGGUUAUCCUUGGUGUGGCGUGGACUAGUGUUAAAGUCAGGUCGGGCAAGGGCGUUGCGCUUUUGGUGGUUUUGAUUCCCAUCUUGGCUGGUAUCAGCGUUCUAUAUGUCCUGCCAAGGGAUAAAUCGCAUACCGCGCCGCUGCUGGUUGGGUAUUACUUCCUGGCGUUCAUCUUCGGAUGCAACACCUUGAUCGUCUCGUGGAUUCUGGCCAACACCGCGGGCUCGACAAAGAGUAGUAUCAUGAUGUCGCUGUUCAACGCCGCUUCGUCGGCAGGUAACAUCAUUGGUCCCUUGCUAUUCGACACGGCUGAUGCGCCGGCUUAUACACCUGGCUUGAAGGCGACGUUGGGCGUGUACAGCAUGAUGGCUGCUGUGGUGUUAUUGCAGCUGGGCAAUCUGGUGUUGCUGAAUAAGAUGCAGGAGAAGAAUCGGGUGCAGAAUGGAAAGCCGGCCAAGUUGCAUGAUGCGAGCAUGGAUAAGAAGUUUAAUGCUGCUGCUGCCCAGGAGGUCCAAGGAGGGGAGAUUGGAAGUCGGGCGUUUUUGGACUUGACGGAUCGGCAGAAUGAUGAGUUUAUCUAUGUAUAUUAG